AUGAUCCACUCGCAGAUGGAAGAUGCCGGGUACGAGAUUCGGCAUCAGGUGCUGAACCCCAACCAGCGCCAGCAGCUGGAGGACCGGCGGCGCAUCAAGGAACAGAUGCAGCAGCUCGAGCAGGACAACGAGUCACCGACGCACAUGUACCGGCGCAAGCUGAAGAUCGCCACCGACGUUAACCUGCUCGAUCGGCACGAUUCGUUCUACCACACAACCAGGAGCUUGUUGGUGCUGUUCCAAAUCAUGGGCGUGAUGCCGAUCAUGCGCAGCCCACCGGGGGUUGACAUGCCGCGCACCACCUUCACCUGGUGCUCGCGGGCGUUCCUGUGGGCGUACUUUAUCUACGCCUGCGAGACAAUCGUGGUGCUGGUGGUGGCCCGCGAGCGCAUCAUCAAGUUUAUCUCGACCAACGACAAGCGCUUCGACGAGGUGAUCUACAACAUCAUCUUCAUGUCGAUCAUGGUGCCCCACUUUCUGCUGCCGGUUGCCUCCUGGCGCAACGGCCUCGAGGUGGCCAAGUUCAAGAACAUGUGGACGGACUUUCAGUACAAGUACCUGAUUGUCACCGGCAAGCCGAUCGUGUUCCCGAAGCUCUACCCGAUCACGUGGGCCCUCUGUAUCGUCUCGUGGUCGCUCAGCUUCGUCAUCAUCCUGUCGCAGUACUAUCUGCAGCCGGACUUCCAGUUCAGUCACACUUUCGCAUACUAUCACAUUAUUGCGAUGCUGAAUGGAUUCUGCAGUCUUUGGUUCGUCAACUGCACCGCAUUUGGUACGGCAAGUAAGGCGUUCGCAAAGGAACUUACAGACGUACUGGCGACGGAACGGCCGGCAGCCAAACUGACCGAGUAUCGCCACCUUUGGGUCGACUUGAGCCACAUGAUGCAGCAACUAGGGAAAGCUUACUCCAACAUGUACGGCAUCUACUGUCUGGUAAUAUUCUUCACCACCAUUAUCGCCACCUACGGUUCGCUGAGUGAAAUUAUCGAGCACGGCGCAACAUAUAAGGAAGUGGGUUUAUUUGUCAUUGUUUUCUAUUGUAUGAGCCUGCUGUUUAUCAUCUGCAACGAGGCGCACCACGCAUCGAAAAGGGUCGGGUUAAACUUUCAGGAACGUCUGUUGAAUGUAAAUCUGACCGCGGUCGACAAGGCUACGCAGAAGGAGGUGGAAAUGUUUCUGGUCGCCAUCGAUAAAAACCCGCCGACCAUGAACCUUGACGGGUACGCCAACAUUAAUCGUGGAUUGAUAACAGCGAACAUUUCCUUCAUGGCCACUUAUCUGGUUGUGCUUAUGCAGUUUAAACUAACUCUCCUUCGUCAGAGCGCCAAGAAUGCUUUCAUUUCCUCCCUUAAGGCGAAUCUGUCCCGAAUCCGAGCACUGGAAGCAGAGAGGACCAAUUAG